AUGGCGUUUUGCUCAGAACAUGGGGGCGAAACCUCCCAAUUCCACCCAAUUGAGGAGGAUAUACCACCGAACACCCACAAUACAGCACCUUCGCUGCUUGACCAGGGUGCACGAUUGGAACAUUUCAAAAAAAAUUUUGAGCUAUUGAUAGCGGUAAAUCAGCCAGAUGUUGUAGCUGUGCUUGAGCCAAGAAUAAAUGGGGUUGAUGCAGACGAAUUUAUCAAGAGGAGUCAAUUUGAUCGAUCCUUUCGGGUUGAGGCAAAUGGCUUCUCAAGUGGAAUCUGGGUACUUUGGAAAGAUAAUGUGGACUUGGAGCCUGAAUCCCGGUAUCAGAAGGGGUUUAUGGCCAGAACUCUGAAGAAUUUCAAGGGGGUCUCGAAGGCUUGGUUGUUGGGUGAGGACCUAAAUAGCAUCCUAAGAGAGUCUGAAGAGAAAGGGGGAGUAGUUAAUGGCUUGGGAUCGUGUAAAUGGUUCGCAGAAUGGAUGCUGCAGACAGAAAUGUUAGAGCUUCCUACAGUGUACGAUGUAGAGAGGAAUGAAGGAAAGAUGGGAGGCAAAAACCUUUCAAAUUCCUUGCUUCAUGGCACCUCCAUGAGGAAUUUGAUGGGUUGGUGCAGGAACAUUGGAGACCGACGUCUGAAUUUAUCAGUGCAGCGAAGAACUUCACAGAGGCGAUCACACAGUGGAAUAAAAAAAGAAGUGUUGGAGAUGGAACUAAGUCAAGAGCUGGAUGAAAUCAUGGUGCAUGAGGAACUUCUGUUAAUUCAGAAAGCAAAUAGGGAAUGGAACUUGUACGGGGACAAAAAUUCCAAGUUCGACCAUUGCUACAUGAAAAGAAGAAGGAAGAGGAACAGGGUAAGUGCUUUGAAGGAUGAUUCUGGCCGGGUGAUUGAUGAGCCGGAGGCACUCAAAAAAUUGGCCGUGGAGUACUUCAAGUCCCUCUAUGCAACACGGCCUGCGAAACCGGUGAUGUAUGGAGUGAGGAACUGCUUUUCUCCUAUACAGCAUGAGGAUCUAAGAGCUUUGGAGAAUGAAGUAAGGGGAGAUGAGGGAUCCAUGGACAAAAAGGUUACUGUCACUGGAAGAAUUGACUAUCGCCGCCGUAAGGGAGGAGCUACUACAACUCACGGUGAAUCAUUAUAUCAUUCCAGAAGGGAACUGGAAUUGGGAGAUGUUCCAGAGUUUUCUAUCAGCUUGAGUGCUUAUAAAAAUUGUAGCGACUAUGUCGCCAAACCCGGAAAGAAGGCAGGAUCGGAAUUUAUGAUAAACAUUGGAUCCACCUCCAUCACUGGGGCUGAGUUAUGGGGAAUAUGGCAAGGUUUGGUGCUGGCAUGGGAGAAGGGGGAACGGAAGGUGAUAGUGGAAACGGCCAGUAGCGCCGCCAUCAAACUGGUGAAGGACCGACAAAGGCCGGCAGGAGUGCAUGGGAGCCUCAUCAGCAGCAUAAGGGAGUUGCUUGACAGAAGGUGGACGGCAACCCUCCAGCAUACCUACCGGGAAGCACAUUUCGCAGCAGACUGCUUGGUGGGACGAAAGGAGCAACUACCAUGGGGUACUAGGAAGCUAGAUAGACCCCUCACGUUUGUCACUCAGUGGCUACGCCAUGAUUCUGCUGACCCGAACCCGGUGGUUUUUUCCGAUAUGGGUCUACCGGAGAUGGAUGCCAUGGCGUCGGCGAUUGGGGUAUCGGUCCCGGUGCUUCGAUUCUUGUUGUGCUUCGUUGUUACCAUUCCGGUGAGCUUCCUCCACCGGUUUGUUCCCGGUGUCACCGGACGGCACGUCUAUGCCGGCCUCACCGGCGCCGUUUUGUCCUACCUCUCGUUCGGGUUCUCUUCGAAUCUCCAUUUUUUGGUGCCCAUGCUUUUGGGCUAUGCUUCCAUGGUUCUUACCCGGAAGUAUUGCGGGAUCAUCACUUUCUUCUUGGCCUUUGGUUACCUCAUUGGCUGCCAUGUUUAUUACAUGAGUGGUGAUGCAUGGAAGGAAGGAGGCAUUGAUGCCACAGGAGCAUUAAUGGUGAUCACAUUGAAAAUUAUUUCUUGUGUGAUUAACUAUAAUGACGGAUUGUUGAAAGAAGAAAAUUUACGUGAAGCACAGAAGAAAAAUCGUUUGGAGAAGUUGCCUUCUCUGAUUGAGUAUUUCGGUUAUUGUCUAUGUUGUGGAAGCCAUUUUGCUGGUCCUGUCUAUGAGAUGAAAGAUUAUCUUCAAUGGACGGAGAGAAAAGGGAUCUGGAAAUCGUCAGAGAAAGGAUCACCUUCACCCUUUGGAGCUACCCUUAGAGCUAUUGUCCAAGCUGCAAUCUGCAUGGGCUUAUAUUUGUACCUUUCACCUCGUUAUCCUCUUUCCCGAUUUAACGAGCCAGUAUACCAAGAGUGGGGAUUCUGGAAACGUCUAAGCUAUCAAUACAUGUCCGGCUUUACCGCUCGGUGGAAAUACUAUUUCAUCUGGUCAAUCUCAGAAGCAGCCAUCAUAAUUUCUGGCUUAGGAUUCAGUGGCUGGACUGACUCUUCUCCUCCCAAACCGCGAUGGGACCGUGCAAAGAAUGUUGAUAUUUUGGGCGUCGAGUUUGCAAAGAGUUCAGUGCAGUUGCCACUAGUGUGGAAUAUACAAGUCAGCACCUGGUUACGGCAUUAUGUUUACGAGAGGCUUGUCCAGAAUGGCAAGAAAGCUGGUUUCUUCCAAUUGCUGGCUACACAAACUGUCAGUGCUGUAUGGCAUGGACUGUAUCCUGGGUACAUCAUAUUCUUCGUCCAAUCUGCUUUGUUUAUUGCUGGAUCAAGAGUCCUUUAUAGGUGGCAGCAAGCUACAAAUGUGGCAGUGUUUAAGAAGUUGUUAGUAUUCUUGAAUUUUGCAUACACACUUCUGACUCUCAACUACUCCGCUGUUGGUUUUAUGGUUUUAAGCCUGAAUGAGACCAUCAAUGCCUACAAGAGUGUUUACUACAUUGGAACGAUUCUUCCAAUUUUAUUGAUCCUCCUUGGUAAAAUAAUUAAGCCAGCAAGGCCUGCCAGAGCUAAAGCUAGGAAGGAAGAGUGA